CUAAGCCCUUAUAUAACUUCGUGGCGUGUAGAGGCGCAUUUCCAGCACGGGAAAGCAAAUUAGCGCUGCACGGGGAAAAGGAAAAAAAGGAUGCCGAAAUCCUUUUUUCGUCCGGCAGUUUCUGUUCAGCAAGGUUAGGCUGGUCAGGCAGCGUAUUAGAUACCUCCACGUGGAGUUGGAAAGGUCCUUUUUAGUCCACGGCGCAGCCGUCUCUAUGAGGCCCUCUUUUCCACCACCGUCGUUGCCGGUGCGUGAUGAGUGCGUGGAGCUAUCUCCACUGAGAGUGUCUGUACCCGAAACAACUGCACUGUCGGCCAUGGGGGCGACUGGGGGGUCAGGAGGUGGAGGGAUUUGGUUUUUCUCCGAGAGGCUACGGUUGCCUCUCUGCUGUCUGGGUGUCUUCGUGUGUUACUUCUGGUACGGGGUCCUGCAAGAGACAAUUACAAGAGGCAAAUAUGGAGAAGGAGCAAAGCAGGAGAAAUUCAGAUAUGCUCUGUCUUUAGUCUUUAUUCAGUGUGUAAUGAAUGCCAUUUUCGCUAAGCUGAUGAUCCAGUUUUUUGAUGCUGUCAAGGUGGACCGGACUCGGAAUUGGCUCUACGCAGCUUGUUCUCUCUCAUAUCUAGGAGCAAUGGUGUCCAGCAACUCAGCACUUCAGUUUGUCAACUACCCAACUCAGGUCCUUGGAAAGUCCUGUAAACCCAUCCCAGUCAUGCUCCUGGGGGUGACAGUGCUGAAGAAGAAGUAUCCAUUGUCCAAAUAUUUAUGCGUCCUACUGAUUGUCACAGGUGUGGCCCUAUUUAUGUACAAGCCGAAAAAUGUAGGAAGUGUUGGGGAUGAGCAUGUCUUCGGUUAUGGGGAACUCCUGUUGUUGCUGUCUUUGACUUUGGAUGGUUUAACUGGGGUGUCUCAAGACCAUAUGAGAGCUUACUACCAGACUGGUUCCAAUCAUAUGAUGUUAAAUGUUAAUCUAUGGUCCACUUUGGUCCUGGGUGCUGGUAUUUUCUUUACAGGUGAGCUUUGGGAAUUCUUGAGUUUCACUGAGCGUUAUCCUACCAUCAUCUAUAAUAUCCUUCUCUUUGGCCUAACCAGUGCUUUAGGUCAGACUUUCAUUUUCAUGACUGUGGUCUAUUUUGGGCCUCUGACCUGUUCUAUUGUCACCACAACUCGCAAGUUCUUCACCAUUUUGGCUUCAGUCAUUCUGUUUGCCAAUCCUAUCAGUAACUUACAGUGGAUGGGAACUAUCCUGGUAUUCCUUGGUAAGAGUCCAGAUUCUUUUGUCUUUAUUAUUUGGGAAAUGUCAACCUUAGUUCCAAUGUAUGAUUUCCUGCAGAAUAGAAACCUGGUCAGUUAUUUCACUGGGCUUCUCGCUUCUCUUAAGUGUAGGGGUUUUAUUAGUUUAACUUAACUUAAAUCUGUUUAUAGCGUACUUAGCGCCUACAGUGAUGUAAACUUUUUUCUAUUGCCAUUCUUCUCUCAAACUAUACUUCACCAAAUCUAGUCUUCACUGGUUCAACUAUAGUGAAGAUUAGGCAAAUCCCAUUUAAUAUGCUGGAAAAGCUUGGUGAUUUAAAAAAAAAGCAGAAAGAAUUUGCUGAUGCUCAAAUGCCUGAAGAGUUGAAGAUAGUAUUUCUAUGUGAGACACCAUGACCAAAGAGAAUACUUUUUCUUGCUUAAUCACAGGUGCUAGGAGCACCUGAGAAUGGUUGAUGUAACUGUGAACUUCAGUUCCCAGAAUUCUAAGUAUUAUUUUGACUGAAGAAUUUUGGGGAUUGAAAUCUAAACAUCUAGAGAGUGCCUAGGUUGGGAAAAUCUGAGCUAACACUUCAGAUAAAGUUGCUGAUAGUCAAAGAAUUGCAAUUUUUAAACUAAAUCAUAUUUUCCCAACUGGUUUUAACCUAUUCUGUUUUGCUUCUUCUGCCCCUUCAAUUUGUUUUAAGAUAUGUUACACUGUGUGGUUGUAUUUUGCUUGUUAUCACAUCAUCUCCUUUUCACCCUAACAAUACUUUCAGUGGUUGUGCCAGGGUUCAGCAAUUAUUCUGUCUUAGCUCAGCAGAUUUAAAAUCUGCUUCAUACUGUACUCCCACAGAUAAUAAUUACUUGUACAGAGAACUAUUAAGUGAGAUGCUUUUAAAACUACAUCAUCAUUUCUGGGACAUUCUUGUAAGCUGAAAAUCUGCUUCUAAGCUGCUAGAGUAGCUUGGUGUGUUCCAAAAUUAUCCCAAGUUAGAAGCCUUGUUCACUCAUCCUCUUUUACUCAAAGUCAUCCCCAACCCAACACUUUGCCCUGUAGCAUCAUUUUCAACCACAGUUAAUGUUCCUAUUUGUUUUUCUGCAGGACUUGGCCUAGAUGCCAAAUUUGGGAAAACAUCGAAGAAAACAUCACACUAAGAAGAUUUUUGUGUUUCUCUUGAAAAUUUUAAGCAUAAGGAACUAUUAACUUAUUGUCUUAUUUCCCUCUACUGGGAAUUUGGCUCAGGAUGAAUGCUUGGGGAAAGGGGACAGCAUAGGAAUGGGGUUGUUUUUAUUCAAAAUGUGUUUAAUUUUUUUUAAUGGUAGCUUUAUUUUACUAAAAAUCAAAGAAGUAGCUUUUCCAUUUCUACUGAGGAAUCAAAAAUGUAGUUAAUGGAUGGCAAAAGGAAAUUCUUGGUGACAUAGGAAAAAUGUUUUAUGUGAAAUAAAAGGAGGGACAAGACAAAAACCUAUAUGUUUAUGUUUAAAAAUUUACUUUCCAUCUCUUGUGCCUGGGUGGAAGAGGAAGUGUUACAGUAUUUAGUUUUUUUUAAUUUUGUACAAUAGUUGUAUAUUGCCUAUCUUUGAGACUCAGAGCAGUUUAACAGUACAGUAACCAUAAAUAUUAAUCAUAGGAUAAAACAAUCAUCACAGACCAAUCAAUCUUCUUUUUCUAUAUCUAGAUCAAAGAAGCCACCUUUUUGGCUUUGUCAUUGGCCAAAAAUAAGUCAUUAUUUUCUGACUGCCAGCAAUUUGGUGGUUCGAGUCUCACCGGUUCAAGGUUCACUCAGCCUUCCAUCCUUCCGAGGUCGGUAAAAUGAAGACCCAGAUUGUUGGUAAUAUGGUGACUCUGUAAACCACUUAAAGAGGGCUAUAAAGCACUGUGAAACGGUAUUUAAGACUAUAUUGCUAUUAUCAGUACAUGUUUCUGGUAGUAGCUGACAUACCAGCAGAUGGGCUGAGCUUUGUCUCUCCAUUUACACAGCAUGUUUGUUUGGUUUUUUUUGUUUACAUUUAUACCCCGCCCUUCUCCGAAGACUCAGGGCGGCUUACAAUGUAUAAGGCAAUAGUCUCAUUCUAUUUGUAUAUUUUUUACAAAGUCAACUUAUUGCCCCCCCCAACAAUCUGGGUCCUCAGUUUUAUCCACUAAGAACCUCCACUUGAGUAUAUUGGCCCAAUCAAACCAAUAAAAACCCUACAUACAUACUAUAAAACAAAACUUAAUCAGAUAAAUUAAAAUUAAGCACUGAGAGUCUUCUAACAAGAGGUGUCCAUAAGUUUGGUAGCAUAGCUUAUGAUAGAUAGAGCACUGAAACUACUUCAUGGAGAAGCCCUAUCCCUCCAGAAAACAGUGAGGUAGCUAUCCAAUAUGACAUUCCCACACAAUGCUAUCUUGGUAAUUCAAAAACUGAUUUAUAGAACAGUCACUCUAUCAUGUCUUUAUAAAUCAUAAUAGAUUAAUUUCUAUAUCACACUAAGCGAAAAGCAAGCAAAUAAUGUUAUGCUUUAGCAAAGGAGUAUCAAACUGAAUUUUAUUGAGGGCUGCAUCAUGCCUGUGGCUGACCUCGGGAGACUGGGCGGCUGUGGCCAACUAGGCGGGCAUGGCCAGCUUGAUGCCACUCCCCCAAUUGCUGGCAUGUUUCCUUUUCACAUUGGGUUGACCGGGCCGACAUCACAUUGGCCCAGUAUUUCCUCUUUGCAUUGGAUCUUUCCUCUUUCCUCUUUGCAGCCGGGCCAAAGCUACACUGGCUUGAUCUGGCCUGAUCUGGAUCUCUUCACUGGGUAGACCAGGAUGGCCCCGUGAGCCACAUCUGGCCCCUGAGCCUUGAGUUUGAUACCGCUGCUUUAGCAUUUAUUUGGGCAGAGUUUUCUUCUUAGAUGAAUAUGCUCAGCUUCAGCCUGGCUUAUUUAAAACUGAAGGGGAUAGAGGUACCAGAAAGUUCAGCUGCCUCGUAGCCCUGAACAUUCGGAUGCCUUUCAGGUUCACCUGCUUAGGAAUAGCAGGUACUUCCCAGUGUAUAUUCAAACAACCAGACAUCAGCAAACUUUCCAGAAAGUGAUCACCAUUACACAAUUUUGCCCUUAUGACUAACACCCACAAAUUUUUUUUACAAAAUACAUUUUUAAAAAUGGCUAAGAUCUCAAUAAAACUUUUAAAAUUUGGCUUUUAAAAUUUUUUAACAUGAUUAAAAUUGAUAUAAUUUUAGCAUAUUAAGAACUUAUUAAAAUUAUUUGAUUCAGAUCACUGGAUCCUAGGGGUACGCAAAAUGUCCAAAAUAUAUUUCAACAUUUGAAAAUAUGCUUGGGUUUUAGAUGGUCCAUGCUCAAACCAAUAUAUUUGUUUCAACAUUUUAGUCCAGGACUGAAAUACAGAAUUAGGUCAGGGAAAACAGGAAAAAGUCAAAAACUAGGAGACAGUGGAAAGGGGAAAUUGUGAGGGGCAGGCUGGCAGAAUAUGCCUGGCCAGGGAAUGUCAAUUUCAUAUUCUAUGAGAGGAUGUUAUUGUGCUAAAGUGGAAGUUUCUGAUAACAGGUCUGGGAGCAUAGAAUCAGAAUCGGAGAGAACUUAAGAGCCACAAGCAAUUUUCAUCUUGCACAUCUCCCUUUAUUUGCUUUCAGAUUUGUGUUGCAAAUAAAAAUGAUGUGAUAUUUUUGUAAACAAAGGGUGAAAUCAUCAUUUAGUUAGGUAUAAUUUUCCAAUACUUAAUACUGAACUGGCAUGACACAAAAAUUAAGGAGCACUUUUGGGAGCUGUGAUUUUCUGCAUAUUAUCAUAGAUUGCUCAUGAUUCUGGUUUCUGUACUUGGGAACUGGAACAGAGUACAGAGGAGUCAUAGAUUUUUUCUUUUGACGAAGUAAUAUAUUGAUUCUUAUGAUGGCGUAUGCAAAAUUGACUGGGCAGUGGCUAGUUCCAAAAAUGUUCAUUUAGUGCUUGGAUUGUUUGGCAUAAAAAUGGAUAGUAAUUGGCCUAUCCUUCUUUAAAAAGAUGAAUUGAUAAGAGAAUUUGGAACUUGCUGAUGAAGCUCAUAAUGUAAAAAAAAAAAUCACUUUCUAAAGGUCAUUAAUCAUGAAACCACAGGGAACGUUUUCUUUCCUAAUAUUGGUAAAUAGCAACUAUUUACAGCAACUUUCUGUAUCUGAAAGAAAGGCAAGUUACAAGAAGCAUAGAGAGGUCAUCACAUCUUCCUUCAGCGAAGCUUGGUGCCUCAUAAUCACAUAGACAACUUCAUUGUCUUUAUUGAAAUACUUUACCAUUUUUCUAAUUUAAAACCAAACCAACCCUCUUCCCAAUCUGAUUUACAAUCAGGGGGAUAUCAGAGGGCUCUUAUCCAAAUACUGGCCUGUGAGGUCAGUUUUCAGCCAAGGCUGCCUAUCUGCUGCCACCUGCAGCAACAAAGAGGCAGUGCAGGCACUAUUAUUCAUGAUAAAUAGUGUACUUGAAGGAAGGCAAGUCUUAAGGAUAUUUUGCCUAACAUUCAUCCCUUUAACAGUAUAAGCUAAUGUGGGAAAGUCUAAAGAUGAUUGCUUGAAAUCAGUGAUAUUGUUCUAUAUUGGGUGACACUUUUUACCACCAUUUUCAUCUUGCCUUUUAAUAGUGAAGGUAUUAGAGGAAUAGUUGGACUGUAUUGCUACAGAAACUCAUUUCUUUUCCUUCCCGGUGAUGCUUCCCUGAACUUCUAAGACCUGCAUUAUAAAAUGUUUAAAAAGCCCCCUGUUUUAAUUAAGCAGUAGCCCCCGAGAGCUGCGCCAGGCAUACUCCUUUGAGUUUCCUAGCAUGGGAAGAGGGCGGGCAGUUAACAUAAGGCUGCCUUGGAAGCUCAUAGACUGAGGUCUCUAUGGAGCAAACUUUACACAUGAAAGCGCGUCUCCACCAGCUGUCGCAACCAGGCUCCAUCUGCUCUGUGCUUUUGGCCUCUCGCCCUUCCAGAUGGGACCUUGAUCUCCUUUCCUUGGUGGUGCUGGCAAAUGUGCUCUUUCCUCUCUGGUCCCCAUCUUUUCCAAUUUCUCUUCAUCCUUCAACUGAUGGUUACAUUGAUCUUUUUGGAUGUGCUUGUUCUCUGCCCCCUCUUCUUUCCAAAAUUAGACCUUUUGCAAUAUUGGAACAUUGGACCGAGAGGCAUUAUUGUAAUCCUGUUCCUUAUUUUCCUAAAAGUCAACCAGAGAAAAAAAGGCAGUUCCUUUCUUUAGUGAAUUCUGCAAACGGUGACUUCCUUGGAUGAUGUAAAAGCAACCCCCUUUUUUUUGUAUAAAAUUGUAAAAACAAUUGGGGUGGGGAGAUAGCUCUUAUAGUGCCCAGCCUGUGUGUUUUGUUUUGUUUUGUUUUGUUUUGUUUUAACUUGUAUGCUGGCCAAAUUCCAAUAACUCUGGGAUACAAAAGACAUUUGUUAUUCAUGUUACUUUUUAAAAAUUUGUAACGGAAGUGGUAAAACACAUAUAAAAAGCAUCUGUUGGGAAAGAACAUAAUCAUGCCAGGGAGCUUUAUAAUAAAUCCAAUAAUACAGUCUGCUGUUCGACCCCACAACAACCCUGUGAAGGCGAUUCAGUUGAGAAGAGGGCAGGGGCAACUACAGGUAGUCCUCGACUCAUGACUAUAAUUGAGUCCAAAACUUCUCCUGCUAAGCAAGACAUCUGUUAAGUGAACUUUGCCCCAUUUUAUGAUCUUUCUUGCAACAGUUAAGUGAAUCACUGCAGUUGCUAAGUUAGUAACACGGAUGUUAAAUGAAUCUGGCUCCCCCAUUGACUUUGCUUGUCAGAAGUUUGCAAAAGGUGAGCACAUGACCCCGGCAUGCUGCAAACCAUAAAAAAUAUGAGUCAGUUUGCCAAGCAUCUGGCUUUUUGAUCAUAGGACUGUAGGGAUGCUGCAAUGAUUAUAAGUAUGAUAAACAUCAUAAGUCAUCUUUUUCAGGGCUGUUGUAAUUUGCUUAGUAAAUUAUCACUAAACGAACUGUUUUAAGUUGAGGAUUAUCUCCUCCACCAGAGAAGGGCUUGAGGGUCUGAGUGGUUAAAUGAUAGUGAACAUGCAGCUGGGCUGUCCUCAUUGUAAGGCAACUGAAUAGUUGCAUGCAAAACAAAGCCACCUAAAAGAAUAUUUAUGAAUUGAUUACCAACUAAUCAAAUUCCUAAAGCUGUAAUUGUAGCUUUAUAUGGCACUUAGGAAAGCAAAGAAAUAAUACAAGAGUCUACCAAAAGUCAGGCCCCCAUAUAGAUGCCUUACAUACAUUAAGUUAAAUGCUUGAAUGAGUUAUUUCUUCUAAACCCUUUUCUAUUCAUGUGACACAUAACCUUUGAACAUUCCUAAUUCCAGUAACAUUUUCUCUAGAAAAAUAAUUAACACAAGCAGUUCUCAACUUACGGCCACAAUUGGGACCAGAAUUUCCAUUACUAAGCAAAGCAAUUGUUAAGUGAAUCAUGCCUGAUUUUAUGACCGUUUUUUUUUAAGGUGGUUAAGUAAAUCAGUGCAUUUGUAAGUGAAUCUUGUGGUUGUUAACCAAAUCCAGUUUCUCCAUUGACUUGGUUUGUUGGAAACUGACAAAAAAAAUUGCAGAUGGUGAUUGCAUAUCUCCAGGUACUUCAAUGCAACUGUCGUAACUAUGUGCCAGUUGCCCAGUACCCAAAUUGGGGAUGCUGCAACAAUUGUUAAGUAUAGGAAACUGGUUGUAAAUCACUUUUUUAAGUGACAUUGUAACUUUGAAUGAUUGCUAAGCAAACAGUUGUAAGUCAAGAUCUACCUGUAAAACAUUGUAAUUAGCCUAUAGGGCCUGGCCUUUGGUAUACCCUAUACAUAUAUUUCUUGUCCUCAAGCUCCCUUGUAGUUGCUUUCCCAAGCUUUCCUUAAUUAGGAUUACUUUUCUUUCUUGUGUUGAUUUUCAGCUCUCCAAACAUUUCUGCUGGAAAAUUAUGCCAUUCAUCCUCACACUAAGAGCUGAAUUCAAUCUAUUAGCAGACUCUGCACAACAUGGUUGUAGGCUAGACUAUAUGGUCGUACCUGUUGCUGGUCUUUUACUGCAUACUGAACUAUGUUAGCCACACUGUCUGACUUUGCAUGACAUAUUGGACUAAAAUGCAGUUGGCUCGUUUGUGGUUCAAUGUGUCAUGCAAAAAGCGUCUUCCUUUUCUUAGCACGGCUACAUUAUACUGGGUAUUCUUACAAAAAGGAAAAAAAGAACACAUUUACAUUUUAAUUCAAAAUUGUCUAUCUGAAGUGAUUUUAAAAACCUGACUGUUGUUGUUUAGUGACAAAUGUGACUAAGUGUCCUUUUUAAAAUUAGAAUAUUAGAAAUAAAAACUUACUGGUAAAUUUGAUCUAAUUGUUUAUUUCUCAUCUCUGAUUUCAGCCAUAAGAGCAGCGAUGGAUGUUCACUGGCUUCCCAAGAAGGGGCAGAGGGAUUCAAAAGAGUAGGAUUGGGUAUUUUAUGUAGGUAUUAUUGAAGCACUCGGGUAAUAGCAAAAACCCAAGGAAAAUCAAACCAAACUCAAAUAUAUACGGUGAUGCUUAAAUGUUUCUGAAUCCCUUUAAAUGUCCAAUAUUUCUGCAUAAAUUUAGUCAAGAAUGUGAUUUAUUCUCCUCAAGUCUUAAAACCAGAUAUAGAAUUUUUUUUAAAAAAUGAAUAAAAAACUUUAUAUUCAUUAAUUUAUUGAAGAAAAUGAUUCCAAACUCUUAGUUUUUACUGACAAAAGUAUGCGAACUCUCCAAGAUUGUCAAUGCAUUUGAAGAGGAAAUUAAGAAUCGGUUUUCAAUCAAUCAAUCAGAUACGAUGAGAAGUCCUGCUUUAUUUAAAAAACAGAAUUUGGGAUAUUCACAAUCAACGGCUGAUCUUCAUACUUUAGAUAUAUGGAAGUGUGUUAUUCUGACUCAAAAACAAGAUUUCUGGGGACCUCCAAUCUUCCCCCCCCCAAAAAAAAAAUCAGCUGUUGAUGCUUAGCAGGCUGGAAAAAGUUAUAAACUUAUUUCCAAAAAGUUUGGGUUUCAUCAAUCAAAUCUCAAUCCUUCUGUUACCCUCCCUAAGGGUGUGGGUGUACCAAUCAAGGCCACACAAGUAUGAGGCAUGUAAUACUGUAGGGACAAAAAUCCAAAGCAGACAAGUCAUAUGACCAAAGAAUGGUAAUAGCAGAAGGUUAAUAUUUUGGAAUGGGCAACUCGAAGUCCUGGUCUUAAUCCUAUAGAAAUGCUGUAAAAAGACCUGAAGCAAAAAGUUCAUGUGAGAACUGAUAACAAUGAUUUUGAAGUCUCACAUACCUUUGUCAUGUACAAAUAUGUAGCUUUGGAUCAUUUUUCUCAAUAAAUAAACAAAUAUGUUUUUGAUUCACUUGUUUAAUGAGGUUCACUUUAUCUACUUUAGAGUUUGUGUGGAGAACGUAUCAUUUUUAUGUCAUAUUUUUGCAGAAACAUUGAAAAUUCAAAAGGGUUCACAAAUUUUAAGCAUCACAUAUGUUAGUUAUUACAAAUUUUCUCCAUUGCUUUUACAUGUCUCUGGAAUAGCCAGAAAAUUAUAGCGGCUCCAGCAAAGCCAUCAGACAACUAUUAGGCACACUAUUAUUUAGAAGAAUGAGCUGGAGUCAUCCCUUGAAGAAGGGUUGGCUUUCCACAUUGUGAAGUAAGUGAUAAGUGAUUUUAGCCCUGAGGUGAUCUAAUGGCUUUGCCUCAAAGAAGCAAAUUGCGUGUCCUUUAGUCAGUUCAGGCCAGUGUUAUGGAAGAAGGCUUCUCUCAAGCUGUUCUCCUGCUGCUGGGCAAAGCCUUUCUUAUCUUGGAGGAUUCAGGGUUGCUCAUAGCAUGCCAAGCAGUCUCUGAGGCUGGACAACUGUGGCAUAGAGAGCCUGCAAUUUAUUUUGUGCUGCUUGCCUUCUCCCAACUGUUCGUACAAGAGAUUAAGAAAACCCAAUAGUAUGGGCUGAAGAGCCUCUACCAGCCUAAAGCACCUAGCAAUCAUCAUCAUCAUCAACAACAACAACAUGAUCAUCUCCUCCUGCAUCAACCAUUUUUAAUUGAAGCUGUAGCAAUUUUCAGGCUUCAUGACAGUGGACUGGGUAGAGGGGCUUUUUAAUGGAGAGUCCACCAGGUGAAAUAAUAACAAUUUCGUUGUUUAAAGAAAAAUAAUGAAAUGUAAAAGAUUUUUUAAAAAAAUGUUUUGUGAAUACAGUUGAAAUAUGAUGAACACAAACUUCUAGACAAGAACUAACAUAACUGGAGGAGAUGACAAGAAAAUUGUUUUGUAUAAAAACUAUUGUUUUAACAAUAAAUUGAACCUUGACUACACAUCAUCAUCAUGCUGCCUGGCCUUUCCCUCGCAUUGAUCAAGAGCCAAUUCAAAAGCAGUGUUGGCAUAUUUUGUUAAGUCUUUCGAAUCUGGUAUCCAGGUAUCUUGCCAGGAAUACAUAAUCAUUUUUUCUGCAGCUGUUCAGGCAUAAUAUGCCCAGACCUCUUUAUAAAUACCAGGAAUUGCAUUGCCAAAAUCAAAUCUGGUCUUCUCAUAUAAUCCUCUAGAAAGUGUCUUGUUCAGGGUCCCCACCCAUGAGGCACAUGGGGUACAGAGCAGAUGGACUCCUCCUUGGUGGUGUCUUUCACUUAUGGAAUACCUUACCUUCGAACCUUUCGCCGCGAGCUUAAGACACAUCUAUUUAUCUGCGCAGGACUGGACUAGAAAACGGGGUUUUAUUAUUUUAAUCGUAAUUUUAAUAUUCGGCCUUAUUUAAUAAGUUUUUUAAUUGGUGUUUUAUCUUGUAUUUAUAUUUGUGUUUUUAUCAGGCUGUAAACCGCCCUGAGUCCCUCGGGAGAUAGGGCGGUAUAAAAAUGUGAUUAAAUAAAUAAAUAAAUAAAUAAA